CACCAAUCAACGGAAAGAGCCAAAGAUGAGAGCCGGUAAUCGCCAUUCCUCAGAAGGGACAUGUACACUGAUCAUCAGUGUAGCCCCAGCAGUGCCACCUGUAAGUGUCCAUCAAUGCCAGCUGUCAGUGCUCAUCAAUGCCACCUGCCAGUGUCCAUCAAUGCCACAUAUCGGUGCCUACCAGUGCACAUUAAUGCAUCAUAUCAGUGCCCAUCUGAGCUAUAUUUCAGUGUCACCUAUCAGUGCCAUCUAUCAAUGCCAGUCAGUGCCAACUAUCAGU